GUCAUGGCAAGAUUUCUUAUUGCAUGUGUCUGUACUACUCAGCCAGUGUCGUUGGUGUUGACAGAGUCUGUAAUUAGCCACGUGUGGCGUGCACAAAUGGACAGAGCCCCGACUUGCGAGGCGAAACUUCUACCUAUAAUGGCACAGGGCCCACGGAGGCGAAUUUCUCCAUGGUUGUUUUUUUGUUCUGCGCAGCGCUGCUGGGAGCAUCCUUAGCAUUAGCACGCAGCCAUGUGCUGGUACACGAGAUGCCAGCUUGGUUUGCCACGCGUUGUGUCCACAGUGUCCCAUGGACAUUAGUGGCUCCUGGAGCAGCAGGUGAAACUUACAAACACUGUCACCGAGGGCUGUUUGCCUUCUCGCAUGAGGUGUUCGGCUUUAGGCUGGCCCCGUUCCGCCUCUACGCUCCUGUACCGUCAGGUGUCGCUAAGCCCUUUCUAGCAUGGUAGAGGCAUGGUUCCUCGUAUCUCUUCGGCCCGUUCCAGCACGGUGGAGCCGCUGGCCCAUCAAGCAGUUGUCGUCAUCAUUUGGGCACCCUCCGCGCAUUUUGCGCCAUGUCCCACACUUUCCAGCACCCUCCUCGGCGGCGAGCUGCGUGUCAAAUGGACAGAGCCCCGACUUGCGAGGCGAAACUUCCACCUAUAAUGAUGCAGGGCCCACGGAACUUUGGGCAUGUGCGAAUGUGUCCAUGGUUGUUUGUUUGUUCUGCGCAGCGUUGCUGGCAGCAUCCAUGUGCUGGUACAUGAGAUGCCAGCUUGGUUUGCCACGCGUUGUGUCCACAGUGUCCCAUGGACAUUAGUGGCUCCUGGAGCAACAGGUGAAACUUACAAACAGUGUCACCGAGGGCUGCUUGAACUCUCGCAUGAAUUGUUCAGCUUUAGGCUGGCCCCGUUCCGCCUCUACGCUCCUGUGCCGUCAGGUGUCGUUAAGCCCUUUUUCGCAUGGUAGAGACAUGGUUGUUCCCAACCCUCCUUGGUUGGGUAUUCGUUUUGAACAGAGCACUGCGGUCUCCAGUCCUUCUCCGCCUCCUCCUCCUCCCGCCUCCUCCUGUCCUCUCUUCGCCGUCGCUGGGGGGGUGCGAUCUGCGACAUUCAUUCCUGAUGUACCUAUGCCUCGCAUUGCGCAAGGGUUGGGUACGUCGCCAGGGUAAUUGUUCUGCGUAGCGCUGCUGGGAGCAUCCUUAGCAUUAGCACACAACCAUGUGCUGGUACACGAGAUGCCAGCUUGGUUUGCUACGCGUUGUGUCCACAGUGUCCCAUGGACAUUGGUGGCUCCUGGGGCAGCAGGUGAAUUUUACAAACAGUGUCACCGAGGGCUGCUUGAACUCUCGCAUGAGGUGUUCGGCUUUAGGCUGGCCCCGUACCGCCUCUACGCUCCUGUGCCGUCAGGUGUCGUUAAGCCCUUUCUAGCAUGGUAGAGGCAUGGUUCCUCGUAUCUCUUCGGCCCCUUCCAGCACGGUGGAGCCCCUGGCCCAUCAAGCAGUUGUCGUCAUCAUUUGGGCACCCUCGGCGCAUUAUGCGCCAUGUCCCACACUUUCCAGCACCCUCCUCGUCGGCGAGCUGCGUGUCAAGAUGUGUCGUACCCUUCUCGCCUGGCCACGCUCAGCUCGGCGUGCCUCGGGCAGCCCUAGCAAUCGGUGCAGAUUGCAGGGACAGCUUUUUGUUGGCAUCCCUCGGACGUGUGCAUUUUUUCUUCGGCGACCAUAGAGGAGCAUCCUGGAUCAUCCGGGGGGUGAGAAAAACGCACGAGACCGAAACAUGCACGGGGAAUGUACGACCGAGCGAUGGCAGGUUUUUGUAAUUCCUCAGCCCUGCUGAGGCGGUGGUGCGGAAGCUGCGGCGCAGAGCGCUGCUGUGCCACUGGCUUCUGCCAGGGUCUCCCCGUCGCCAGGGAUUUCGAGCCCUCGCCGACGCGCUGCUGUGGCGCCGUCGGCGUGGUCGGAAACAGAGGCACGAGACCACCCAGACCCCCCGACGUCGCGAUCUCCUCGCAGUCCAGACCCCCAGAGCUCUGGACCCCUUCCCCGGGACCGGUGUUGCCUCCCGCGUCCUUCCUUGACGGUCCCGAGGCCUGGCGAGGGCCCUCGGAGGCCGAACACGGCGAGAGACCUCCCGUCGUGAUUCGGAGGCCACGGCGCGAGGAGGUCCGGGGAGAGCGGGCGGGCCCCCAGCGGCUCUCCAGAGGGGCUGCUGGCCGCCGCGGUCGCGCGCAGGCGGGCCGCGGCAGCAUCGCAGCUCGCAGCUCUCGCAGGCGGGCCGCGCUCGCAGCUCGCAGGCGGGCCGAGGGCGGGGCAGCUCCUGCCAGCGCAGCAGCGGAGGUGGGCGCCGAGGA